CUGAGUAAGACGGGUGUUAAGCGACUCUCCAUUAGAUUAAAAUUAUAAGGCCUAUACCGUCGGUUUGAUUGCUGUGGUUCUAUGGCUACUCUUUCGGAAAAGCCGCUUCCGCUUAGUGAGCCCUUAGCCAUUGGACGAGCUGUGGCCAAUGAAAACCCCGACGCGCGUGCUGAAGCGGAACCACCUGAAAUACCACCGCUACAGCAACUGACCGGCUCUUUGUUGGCGGUAGCGUUCCUUUCAUCCUUUGGGAGCUCCAUGCUUUAUGGCUACAACUUGGCUGUGGUCAACUCCCCCUCUGCAUACAUAAAGGACUUCUACAACCAGACAGUGCUGAAUCGAAAUGGAACAGGACUCACUGAAGAGACCCUUACCGUCAUGUACUCUCUUACUGUGUCUGUCUUUGCCAUUGGAGGUAUGCUGGGCUCCGUCAUCGUGGGUAUGCUUGUCAGCCGCUUUGGCAGGAAAGGUACAAUUGUAAACACAACAUUCCUGGUGUUUAUUGGUGGAUCACUCAUGGGCUUCAGCAGGAUAUGUGGUUCACCUGAGAUGGUCAUCGUUGGCCGUUUUAUCACAGGAAUUCACUCAGGCAUCUCUCUUAGUGUUGUACCAAUGUACCUGGGUGAGAUAGCACCUAAGAACCUACGAGGUUUCCUGGGUCUUGUGCCAAGUAUCUUUAUUGGCACCGGAGUCUUCCUCGCCCAAAUUCUUGGCCUACAUGAGCUUCUAGGAAAGGAGGAGCACUGGCCCUUCUUUCUUUCAGUAGUGGUGAUACCCACCUUCAUCCAGUUGAUGGCGUUGCCAUGGUUCCCAGAGAGCCCCAGGUACCUGCUGAUUGAGAAGCACAACGUCCAUGCCACUAUCACAGCUCUGAAGUACUACAGAGCCAAGUGCAACAUCCAGGCUGAGAUUGAGGAGAUGCAGGAGGAGCAGCGCUCCCUUUCAUCAGUUGAGACGCUGUCAGUAUGGAAACUGUUGCUGGAUGACCGAGUCCGGAAGCAGGUGCUCUGCGUGGUGGUCAUUAACAUCGGCAUGCAGCUGUCUGGCAUUGAUGCUAUCUGGUUCUACACAAAUGACAUCUUUGAGGAUGCAGGUAUCCCAGAGGCAGAGAUCCAGUAUACCACAGCAGGAACGGGAAUCAUAGAGAUCAUCGCAGGACUUGUUGGGUGUUUCACCAUAGAGAGGUUGGGCAGGAGGCCUCUCAUGAUCUUUGGUUUUACCAUGAUGGGCGUCUGCAGUGCUGGAAUCACAUUGACCCUGAUUUUACAGGGUCAUUUACCAUUUAUGCACUACUUAAGUGUCGCCUGUGUGGUCGGCAUCAUUGCUGGUUUCUGUAUUGGUCCAGCUGGGGUUCCCUUCUUGAUGACAGCAGAGCUGUUUAAACAGUCCCACCGCCCAGCUGCUUACAUUGUAGGAGGAUUGCUAAACUGGGUGUCCAACUUCACCGUGGGCUUCGUCUUCCCCUUCUUACAGAUGUCUGUGGGGUCUUACUGCUACUUGGUGUUUUCGGCCAUUUGUUUCUCUGUGGCCAUCUACGUCUACUUUUUCAUCCCAGAAACAAAAAACAAGACCUUUAUGGAAAUUAGCCGCAUGUUUUCUAAGAAGGAAGCAGUUCUGGAGUCCCAGGGCCUAAUCCAUGUGGACCAGCUGAAGCUGAAGAAGAUGAACGGCUAUGGUGGCGUGGAGUUUGACAGCUCUUCUUCUGUACCUUAACCGGGCUCCAAGUUCUCACUGAGACUUCAAAACCAUUCAUUACAUUCUCCAUUCUACACUUUCAAAAUGUAUACAUUAACCAAAAAUCACCUCACCUGGGGCCAGAUGCAUAAAACACUGGGUUGAAUUCACAAAUGGAUUGUGCAGCCAACAUUUAUGCGAAUGGAGCUCAAUGCCAAACAUGUCCAAAUUCACAAAUGCCAGAAAAAGAAGCCACAGGCAGUUUGAGUAAAAUGUUUCAAAAUGUUUUCUUUCUUAGCAGGUAAGUGUUAACUGCAGCACAGUAUCCAGAAAGGGUGUCAGGGGCUCAUAAUCUCUUGUGAUCAUGAUCCAUUCUCCCUAACCACCGUCUGAAUUUGAUAUGUUGACAUUACUACUAUUACAAUCAGAGUUCAGUUGGUCUGGAGCUAACUAGAGACAGGGCCUGCCACAUGAACACAUACUCAUAAGUAUCUCACAGACUUGCUGCAUUUAACAUUGGAAACUUGUAUUAGAUGUGUUAAGUCUGGGUACAACAUUAAACUGGAAAAUAGAGAUGUCCUGAAGUGGCCCUAAAGUGUUAAAACAAUGAUAUUUCAUAAAACACAAUAACAUUUCCAAAAAGGAAAACAUUACACAAAAACUAGACAUUUCACAACAUCUCAGAUCUGAUGUGCUUUGCACAGAAGUGUCUUCUUCAUGACAGCACACAUUUCACAAAUCACAUUUACAUUUCAAAAAACACAACAGAAGAGGAAGGAGCAAUUUCUUAGUUGUAAUUAUCACAUAGCCCAUCCCUCCUAACUUUGUUACUGCUGUAACAAAGACUACAGGACUGCAACUCCAAGAGCUUUUCUUUGUGUGAGAGUGCCCCCUAGUGCAAUGAGCCAAAUGUGCAGUGAGGCAACUCUCUGUCCACCAGCUUAUGAUUUUUAGGGAACAUUUCACCCAAAUAAUUCUAAGGUUUAUUCAAUCAAUAUACAUUUUCCUAAAGUGAUUAAUGAAUAAAACUGUGUUUCUCAAUAUAGUUUUAAAGGGUAUUUCACUCAAAUACAAAUUUCUGUCAAAUAACCUUUAGUUUAAAAGAGACAUGUUUAUAAAAUUUGGGCCCUAUUUAGAAUAGUUUUUAGGGCUAAAUAACCUAUAGGUUCAAAAUGUCUCCAGUUGAUUCAUUCAGCUGACCAUCGUGACAUUGGCUGCUAUGUCUUCUUUUUGGGAAAUUUCAGCGGCAAAAAUAAGCACUUUUAAGUGGACAUGGCUGCAUUUGUUCCCACAAAAUUAUGUGGAGCCAUUACAGCUUAGGCAACUCAAAAAAACAUUUUUUUACCUAUUCGUCAUUAAGACUUUUUUGCAGUCAUCCAAUCGCUAGGCGGCAUUGUCUUGAAAAAUAGGGGUUCCUUGAAAAGCGUGAAUGAAUAUCAAAUAUUUUUGUGUUUAAUGAACAUAACGUCAGGUAUUGUGAAAUAUUAGUGUCUUGUGAGUUAUAAUUCUUUUUUUUGAAUGAAUUGGAGCUCUGUCUCAGAGAGCAGCUCUCACAGCAGAGAGUCAAGCUGCUGAAAAUGUCUCCACAAUCAGAUCCAUAACAAAAGCAAAUUGAACUGAGCUGCAAUUUCUAUGAGCAUGGUUGUUAUAGAUUAUUGGUGCAAUAUUAUUUAAACUGAAUAUUAAGACAAGGCAAGUAUCAGUCGUUUAAGAAGUUACUGGUGCCAUUAGUGACUGUCCUGUCCAUCUGAAUUUGCCCCUCCAUCUAGCUUGUACACCUGGCUGUAUUUAAGAAUAUGGAUAUGUGUUCACUCUCAAGAGUCUUUUGUCAGUGCUUCACAUUUCAAGAUAUAAUUAAAAGGUGGAUAUAUUAUUAUAUACAGGGAAAUAAUGGCUUGAAUGUAUAUAACAACAAUGUCUAAAUUCAAUAAUGACUCAUAGAUCAUAGACAUAUUUUGAAAAGUCAGGUUAAAAAAAAAUCUGUGAAAUUGGAAAAGAACUAAAAGAACUGUUGUGAUGAGAUUAAAGUUUAUCAACACAGGGAAAUAAUGUCUUGAAUGUACACAAAAAGUUGAAGUCUUUAUCACUUACAUAAUCUAUUUGCACUUUUGAGAGACAUUUUAAGGAACAAUUACCCCAAAUUAAUAACAAUCAGAGAUAUAGGGACACAACAUAAUCAUUAUUUUACUCAGAGGCUACUGUCAUGACCUAUUUUAUCUUCUCAUCACAUUUCCUUUAAACUUGUGUACCCAGGGUCACAUUCUUAUUGCAUUAUUUACUUUUUAAAUAGAAAGGCAUACCAUGCUUUAUUUGUGUCUGUAUUACUUAUACAUCUGGCCCCUGGACUCACUAAAGCUGGAUUUGUUGCACAUGUUGAAAACUUUGCUGAAUAUGCAUUACAGUUCUAGUAUUUACCACUUUUCAGUUAUUUGUGUUUGAGCCAUUUAAGUACAGUUCCAGUUAUUUUAAACUUGGGUCUUAUUUUCAUUGGUUUGUUCAUUGUUCCUAUCUAUAUCAAUAGCACAGUGUUCACAAUAGUAAUGGUUUUGGAUUCACAGCAUCAUUUUUAUUUAUUUUUCUAAAAGUCAGUCAAAGAAAUAAUUGACCAACUUGUUUUGUAGACUGACUUCCAUCAUCUCUUACCCACUGUGCUCAACUUUCUAGUUAGGAGUGUGUAUAAGUAUUUAAUAUGGAGAUCUCAGAAAUUUAUUGAUGAGUAACUUGUCAAGUUGUUUGGAAUGGUGCACAAACAUGCAUAAGACCUAAAAAAAUAUGCCAUUAUUAACCAUCAGACAAGCUUUCACUGCAAAUAAUUUUUUAAAGAAAAAGGAUUGCUUUCUUGUAACGUAACCUUUAUUUUUUACGUUCUAGUUGUUUUAGAAAGUUAUAAUAUUGAAGUCACUUAAGUGAUUGCCAACAUCUCAAAAAGCGAAUGAGACCAGACUAAAUGAGCUUGAUAUUAAAGAAACUAUCAGACUAAGCUCUGUAGGCAAGAUUAAGAAUGAAGACCACUAGCUGCAAGCCACUAUAGAUAAACUAUUUGAAAGAUUACACUGCUGAAGUUGCAAACAUGAUUGUCAGUCUGGUAACACACACUGGAACAAAAACAACCCCAUGUCUGUCAGGAUAAAGAUUUUGGGUGAACUCCAGUGUUGGAAGUCUGCGGACACAGACACAGCAGCUUGGAAAAAAAUGUGUGUGCAUGUGUUUGCAGAAUUCAUAUUUGAGAGAAAUAAAACUUUAAAAGAUAUAUUUCUAAUCUUUUGUAUAUUAGAAUAAAAUCAUCUAUUGUGUGAAACUGGGUUAUUUAUGCAUGUUUGAAGGACAUACUCUUUUUAUUUUAAGUUUUAUUAUUACUUGUUGUACUUUCACUUGUAAGUUAAUAAAAUUCCUCACCAGCUCAUAGCUUUUAGAUAACAGUCAUUUUCAUGGCUGUACCAGAGUACUCUGUAUUAUGAGCAUUGCAAUAAAGUGUGCUUAAAUAUAUCUAGUACUGACAGCAACUUCUACAUUCUUUAAAUACAUGCCAUGAAAAUAUG